UCUUUCGUUCCAUGGAGAUGCCCAGCUCCCGGGCGCACCCAGAGGACAGCACUGAGCUGGUCCCUUCCGACAACUCGACCCCGCACAGAGAGGACCUUAGCAGCAAGAUCAAAGAACAAAAAAUUGUUGUAGAUGAACUUUCUAACCUGAAGAAAAACAGGAAAGUAUAUAAGCAGCAGCAAAACAGCAACAUAUUCUUUCUUGCAGACCGAACAGAAAUGCUUUCUGAAAGCAAAAAUACAUUGGAUGAACUGAAAAAAGAAUACCAAGAAAUAGAAAAUUUAGAGAAGACCAAAAUCAAGAAAUCGUCAUCUUAAUUUCAUAUAACAAUGUGUGGCAUUUGUUGUUCUGUAAACUUUUCUGUUGAGCAUUUCAGCAAAGAUUUGAAAGAGGAUUUACUGUACAAUCUUAAACAACGUGGACCCAAUAGUAGUAAACAGUUGUUAAAAUCUGAUGUUAACUACCAGUGUUUAUUUUCUGGACAUGUCCUUCACUUGAGAGGUGUUUUGACUCCCCAGCCUGUGGAAGAUGAAAGAGGCAAUGUGUUCCUGUGGAAUGGAGAAGUCUUUAAUGGAAUAAUGGUUGAGGCUGAAGAGAAUGAUACUCAAAUUGUGUUUAAUUAUCUUUCCUCUUGUAAAAAUGAAUCUGAUAUUUUGUCACUCUUCUCCAAAAUCCAGGGUCCUUGGUCUUUUAUAUAUUAUCAAGCAUCUACUCAUUAUUUAUGGUUUGGUAGGGACUUUUUUGGUCGCCGUAGCUUGCUUUGGCAUUUUAAUAAUUUGGGUAAGAGUUUCUGCCUCUCUUCAGUUGGCACCCAAACAUCUGGAGUAGCCAAUCAGUGGCAAGAAGUUCCAGCAUGUGGAAUUUUCAGAAUUGAUCUCAAGUCUGCUGCCAUUUCCAAAUGUGUGAUUUUAAAAUCAUAUCCUUGGAAGUAUAUAUCUCGGGAGAAUGUUAUCAAAGAAUGUGUUGAUAGCCUGACUCAAAUUUCAGCAGACUUGCCUAAGAUUGUAUCAGUGGAAGCAAAUGAAGCCAAACUGUAUCUUGAACAGUCUGUUGUUCCUUUAAAUAUGGUGUUGCCACCAGCUGCAUUUGAGACUCAUUGCACUGACAUUUCCAGAGUCCCACCUAUAAGAGAGACACUUCAAGUCUGUCUUACUGACAGACACAUGAAGGAAGUGGUUCAACAGUUCAUUGAUGUCCUGAGUAUCUCAGUCAAGAGACGUGUCUUAUAUUUACCUAGAGAUGAAAGCUUGACAUCAAAUGUUUUGAAAACUUGUGAUAAGAGAGCAAGCAUUGCAAUUCUGUUUUCUGGUGGCAUUGAUUCCAUGGUUAUUGCAACCCUUGCUGACCGUCAUAUUCCGAUAGAUGAACCAAUUGAUCUUCUUAAUGUGGCUUUCAUGACUAAAGAAAAGACUAUACCAACUAGUUCUAACAAAAAGAGGAGUAAGCAGAAAAAUCAUUGUGAAAUACCUUCUGAAGAAUUCUCUAAAAACCUUGCUGCCACAGCUGAUGAUAAUCCUGAUAAACAAUUGAGUGUACCAGAUCGAAUCACAGGAAGAGCGGGACUAAAGGAACUACAAGCCGUCAACCCUUCCCGAAUUUGGAAUUUUGUUGAAAUUAAUGUUUCUUUGGAAGAACUACAAAAAUUCAGAAGAACCCGAAUAUGCCAGUUAAUUCAGCCCUUGGAUACAGUCCUGGAUGAUAGCAUCGGCUGUGCAGUCUGGUUUGCUUCUAGAGGAAUUGGUUGUGUAGUGACACAGGAUGAAGUGAAAUCCUAUCAGAGCAAUGCAAAGGUUGUUCUUACUGGGAUCGGUGCAGAUGAACAACUUGCAGGUUAUUCUCGUCAUCGUGUCUGCUUUCAGACACAUGGGUUAGAAGGAUUGAAUAAGGAAAUAGAAAUGGAACUAGGUCGAAUUUCUUCUAGAAAUCUUGGUCGUGAUGACAGAGUUAUUGGUGAUCAUGGAAAAGAAGCAAGAUUUCCUUUCCUGGAUGAAAAUGUUGUCUCCUUUCUAAAUUCCUUACCAAUUUGGGAAAAGGCAAACUUGACUUUACCCCGUGGAAUUGGUGAGAAACUACUUUUGCGUCUUGCAGCUGUGGAACUUGGUCUUACAUCCUCUGCUCUUCUGCCAAAACGGGCCAUGCAGUUUGGAUCCAGAAUUGCAAAAAUGGAAAAGAAUAAUGAAAAAGCAUCUGACAAAUGUGGAAGGCUCCAAGUCAUUUCCUCAGAAAAUCUUUCUAUUGAAAAGGAGAUUAAAAUGUAGUAUGAUUUCACAAUGUAACAUUUGCUGAGUGAUAGUUAUGUAAAAAUAAAAUACUCUGCUGCUUUAUUAUUAUGUAACUUAGUGGUUUUAAAAUUCA